AUGGCUGAUCUCAGCAACCACAAUUGGGUGGACUUCAACAGCAGUGACUCGGCUAUCUUUGACGUUGUGCGUGGCUACCCUUCAGACCCAGGCUAUGCCACAUAUCCGCUCCUAGACAACCGCCUCGUGCCCUCUGCUCCGGGAUCCGCCAACCUGACUCUGACCUUUGGCAACGCCAGCACCGUCGUGGCCGUCAACGUGCAAGACACCUACCAGCCCACGUGGCCACGCGCCGGCAACGCCACAGACACCACCCUGGAGAUCACCGCCAACAUGACAGGGGAUUACACCAUCGUGUUCAGGGCUGUGCCCAGCGCAGGCCUGGACUUGGCGGGCGCCCCACCCAGCGCAGCCGACAUUGAGGGCAGUGGCGCUGUGACCUUGGUAGCAGACGCGGCACGAGGGCCGCAUUUCUAUGCUGCCAACGCCACAGGCCUCACACCUGGCACCAACUACACCGUGCUGCUGGCGGUGCGCAGUGGCCUGGCGCUGGCCACCGGUGUCACCGCGCUGUCGGGGGCACUAGUGCCGGACACGCAGCCGCCCAGCUUCACGGCUGCGUGGCUGGUCAGUGGUGGCGGCGGGGCCAAUGCAAGCACAGGGUCAUUCAGCGUGGCCCUUGACCUGGGACUGGACGAGCCGGGAGCUGUGAGCUUUGCAAUUUACGGCGACCCAGCCUGCAUCACCGCCUGCAAUGCCUCACCCAACCCAAUGCUUCUCAAUACUGCCACGUCUUGA